AUGUCCAUUCUCAAAAAAAUUCUAUCAAAGAAGGAGACCUUCUUCUCCACCAAAAAGCUUAUACACACAACACCAGCCUACGAACUAUUCGCUUACACGAAAAAUGACGAGUCUCUGAGUUUAAUUAGGUACCACGACAAGAGACAAGUCCAGAAAAUUACUAAGAUAUUGCGUACGGUCAAGCACUACAACAUUAUGAGCAUCGUAAGGAGCAAAGACUGUUGCAUCUAUAUGCCAACCGUGGUUCCGUACCGAAUUCUUGGCGAAAAUCUUUCCGACACGUACAAGGAAUAUUUAAUGAUCUCAUUGGCGAAUGCCUUGCGCUUCUUACACGACAAGUGUAAGAUAGCACACAAUAAUCUAAAUUUAGAUGCUCUGCUGAUAAACAGUCUAGGAACACUGAUACUUGGCGGGUUUGAAUGCGCAGCGACGGUAAAUAGUCGGGAGGAAUGUUUUGGUGACUUGGAACAGUUUGAACAUUUGGGUUAUUCUCUAUUGGACACGCAGGUGAGGUACGACGAAUGCUUGGGCAAGGAGAGCUUUUACUCCGUGCUGGCAGAGAAAUGUAUUACGUUCAACGUGAUGAGCGACGAAGAGGCCAUCAGCUUUCUGAACAUGAUCAGGAAAGAACAUAGAGCAAAUGAUAUUCCUGAAAUGAUAAAGAUGCACAUAUGUAGGCUUGUCAUCAACAAAAUGGUAAGUUUGACCAAAGAGAAAGAUGAAAAAGCCGCGAUAGACUUGAUUGAGCUUGAACAACAGGUGAAUAAUGGAAAUAUAGGGGAUGUGCUCUUCCUGAGAUAUACUUAUUUGUAUUUCAUGAUCUCAUUGGAAAUGGAAUCAUAUGAUAUUGUUAUUGAGGACCUUUUUUCGAUUCUGGAUACGAAAUUUCGCGUGGAAUUGCUUAAGAAGAAGAACUUCUUCCUUAAGCGAGUUUCGUGUUGGAACAAAAAAUCCAUUUUUUAUAACCUGACAAUCGGAUUGAAAUGCAAAGACAAAAUUUUACAAGCCUUAACCCUGGAAUUUGUCAACGACACAGUGAAAUUUUACAAUUCUAGCGAGAUAAAAGAAUUGUGCAAGCUACUGUCCAACUGUAAAAGCACGUACACGCUGAUCAUGAUAGAAAACAAUCUCAAGCUAUUUUUGGACAACGAUUUGCAUGGACUGUACAAGCUUAUGUUUGUAUUCAUCCACGAUACACACAUCCGGGAGGAGUCACUGAUCGUGUUGGAUAAAAUUUACAAGAAUUUCAGCUUCAAGAAGUUGUGUACGGAAAUUUUGCCGUUCCUUUGUGAGCUAAUCAUAGAAACAGACUCAGACACGCUUUUUGCAGUGAUAAAGAACAUUUUGGGAUAUCUUGAAAGCAACAGGGAGGCUAUCGUUAAUUCGAAGAUUUCAACGAAAAUGUCGCGAUGGCUGCCCUUCAUGAACAGGAAAGGAAGCAGCAAGGACAAUGUAAAGCAGGAAAAGGUUGAGGAAAAUCAGUCCAGUAUAAAUGAAAGGGCUGCCGAUAGCAGCAACAAAAAGCCAGAAAAUUGGGACAACGAUUGGUAGUAUGGUAGGGUAUCUUCAUCCGGUAUGAGUGUAGUAAAUCUGUGUUUCAC